AUGUAUCGAGGAAUGAAAUUGACAAGUGAUCAAAUCGAACAAUUCAAAGAAAACAAAGGUAAACUGGUUUCAAUCAAUGGAUUUUUGACAACAACUACUCUUCGUUCAACUGCAUUGAGCCAAGCGAUGAAACCUUUGAAAAGAACUGAUCUCCUUCCUGUUCUACUAGAAAUCCAAUGCAAUUUACAACAGUUGAGCAACAAUGUUAUUGUUGCUGAUUGCGUUCAUUUCAAUCAACUUUCAUGUGAACGACAACAAGAAAUUUUCUUCGAUUCAAAUGUUGCUUUUCGUUUGGAGAGUAUGAGAAUGGAGGAAGACAUGUGGAUGAUUAAAAUGAGUGCAUCGAAUGAAGGUCAACUUAUCAAAGAAAAAUAUAUUAAAGACUCACAUCGUCAAAUGGAAGAUGUAAGCAUUCGAAUUCUCUUUGGACGAUUGAUGUGUGACAUGGGUCAAUGGGAUCAAUCACAACAUUUCUUUGAACAUUUAUUGAACAAUUCGAAUAGUUACAAUGAAGAUCUUGCAAAGGUUGAACGUAGUCUUGGUGAAGUUCUUCAAUGGAAAGGAGAAUGGAGUGAAGCAAGAAGAUAUUAUGAUCGUGCUUAUGAACGGGUGAUGAAUGUAAAGCCAACACGGAUGAAGGAUUUAGCUGAUAUACUUUUCAAUAUUGGUGAGAUUCUCAAUGUAGAAGGAAAGUAUGAAGAAGCUUAUGAUUAUUAUGAACGAUCCUUAACAAUACGAAAGGAAUAUUAUUCUUCUACCAAGAUUGAUAGACAUUGUCCAUCGAAUCAGCAACACAGCAAUUUGUUGAGUUAUGUUGGCGCAGCGUUCUGGUCUAUUUUAUUGAAUUUAGGUGGAUUCUUCCAAUCGUAUUUUGAAUGGUUUUGGACUAGAUAUGUCUUAGGGAUUUCUCGUUGGCUCCAUUCGAAAUGUGCAACAAACAUAAUGGAGUCUGUUGAUAAACAGUCGAGAAAAACUCAGUUACAAGAAAUGUGUAAAAACUUACAGGAGACCGGUAGAUUACAACUUAGCGAGACUCACUUGGAUAGUUAUGUGCCUAUUGCGAUUAGUCUUCGUAGCUUCGGCAAAAUUCUUUUUCGACAAGCGAAGUAUGAUGAAGCACUUAUCUUUCAUCAGCAAGCACUGACAAUGUUCGAAGAAUAUUAUCAAUAUCCUCAUCUUAAUAUUGCUGUUAGUCUUGGCUAUAUUGGUCAGGUUCUUACAUAUCAAGGAGAGUAUAAUAAAGCUCAUGACUUCUGUCAACGAGCAAUGUCUAUCUACACAAGAUAUUAUCCAAAUGGUCAUGUAUACAUUGCCUACAUCCUCAAUCACAUUGGUUACACUCUCUAUCUUGAAGGCAAGUAUGAUGAAGCUCUGAAGAUUUAUGAACGAGCAUUAGCAAUACAACUAAAGCAUUAUCCAUCUGGUCAUGUCGAUAUAGCUGAUAAUCUUGGUGGUAUAGGAAAUGUUCACUAUGGACAAGGAGUUUAUGAUCAAGCUCUGAUAUUUUAUGAGAAAGUGUUGGAAAUUCUAAACAAAUAUCUUUUUCCUGGCCAUGACGCCAUUAUUUGUACUUUAAACAACAUUGGUUUUAUACAAAGAGAACAAGGAAAGUAUAAUGAAUCUGGUGAUUCUCAUCAACAAGCACUAGCACUUCAAGAAAAAUAUUAUCCAUCUUAUUAUGGAAACAUCGCUAACACUCUUAAUCACAUCUCCGAAGUACUAUUUGGUCAAUCAAAAUACGAUGAAGCUCUAUUUUAUUGUCAACGAGCGCUAACACUGCAAGAGAGUUAUUAUCCUUUGGGUAGUGCCCCAAUGGCCUGGAGUUUCAAGAACAUUAGCAGCAUCUUAGAUAAGCAAGGAAAGUACGAUGAAGUGAUCGAUUUUCUUCGACGAGCACUAGCAACUGUCGAAAAACAUUGUGCGUCCGAUCAUUCUUCCAUUGCUUUUUAUAUAAAUAACAUUGGGAUUAUAUUAAGCAAGCAAGAAAAGCAUGAUGAAGCUCUUGAUUACCAUCAAAGAGCACUUGAAAUGCAAGAAAAAUUUUGUCCAUCUUAUCAGCGUGAGAUAACCAAUACUCUCAAUUACAUCGGUCAUGUUUUCAGUGCGCAGAAAAAAUAUGAUGAAGCUCUGAAGUUUUAUGAACGUGCACUCGAAAUGCAAGAGAAGUAUUAUCCAAAUGGCCAUAAGAACAUUACGACAACACUCAUUAGUAUUGGAACAAUAUUUCGUCAAGAACAAAAUUUCGAUAAAGCAAUAGAAUAUCAUCAAAAAGCAUUAGAAUGUCAAGAGAAAUUAUUUCCAUCAGGCAGUGUCAUCAUAUCUGAUACUAUUAAUCGCAUUGGUCAUGUUCUGUACGAUGAAAGAAAGUAUGAUGCAGCAAUUGAUUAUUAUCGACGAGCACUUUCAAUGCAAGAGAACUACUAUCCUGAUGAUCAUAUUGAAACUUCUCAUACUUUCAGCUUUAUUGGUAAUGCUCUUUAUAAACAAAAGAAGUAUGAUGAAGCUCUUGAAUUUUAUCGAAAGGCCUUGGUCAUUCAAGAAAAAUAUCAUGAAUUUCUUCAUGUCGACAUCGCAAAGAUUCUGAACUCUAUUGGCAAUGUUCUAUACAGCCAAGAGAAAUAUGAUGAAGCUAUCAAUUUCUAUCAACGAUCAUUAACUAUUCGAGAGAAAUUCCAUCCAUUUGGUUAUGCUGGCAUCGCUACCGUUCUUAGCAAUAUUGGGAAUGCCCUUGAUGGACAACGAAAACAUGAUGAAGCUCUUGACUUCUAUCAACGGGCGCUAACAGUUCGAGAGAAAUUCGAUGCAACUAAUCACGAUAGCAUUGCUGAGAACCUGAUCAACAUUGCCAAUCUUCUAAGAGAUCAAGGAAAGUACAAUGAAGCUAUCGAAUUUCAACAACGAGCAUUGAUAAUACGAGAACAACAUUAUCCUUCUGAUCACGUGAAUAUUGCUUACAGUUUGAACAACAUCGCUAAUAUUGUGAGUUUGCAAAAAAAAUAUGAUGAAGCUCUCGACUUCUAUCAACAAGUGCUGAGAAUUCACGAAAAAUGUUGCCCAUCGAAUCCUGUUGAUAUUGCUAAUACAGCCAUUGAUAUUGCUCAUGUCCUGAGUAAACAAGGAAAAUACAAAGAAGCUAUCGAGUUUCAACAGAGAGCAUUGAUAAUUCGAGAAGAAAAGUAUUCCUCUUGUCAUGAGAAAAUUGCGGACAGCUGGAAUCGUAUGGGUCAUAUUCGAUUGGAUCAAAAAGAUUAUAAUCUAGCAAUCGACUGUUAUCAACGAGCUUUAACAAUUCUCGAAAACUACUAUCCAUCUGAUCAUGUUGAUAUUGCUGAGACUCUGCGAUAUAUCGGUAGUACUCUAUAUCUACAAGGAAAGCUUGACGAAGCCCUUGAUUUCCAUCAACGAGCUGUGACAAUUUAUGAGCAAUACUCUCCAUCCGGUCAUGAAAAUUUUCCUACUUGUCUAGGUACUAUUGGUAAUAUAUUGAGUGAUCAAGGCAAAUAUGAUGAAGCUCUCGAGUUCUAUGAUCGAGCAGUAGUACUUUACAAGAAGCAUGUAUCGAAUCAUUCGAAUACUGCUACUUGUCUGAACAACAUAGCUCAAGCUUUUAAAAACCAAAGAAAAUAUGAUGAAGCUCUCGACUUUCAACAACAAGCAUUGGCAUUUCUAAAAAGUAGCUUAUCUCAUGAUCAAUUGAGAAUUGCUACCAGUCUCAAGGACAUUGCUAAUAUUCUGUUCCAGCAAAGAAAAUAUGAUGAAUCUCUAGACUUUUGCCAACAAGCAUUGAUUAUAUUAGAAGAAAAUUAUGCUAAUGAUUAUAUUGAAAUUACUGAUUGCCUAUAUUGGAUAGCAGCAAACUUUUAUAAAAAGUCCCAGUUCGAUCUGGCUAUUGAAUAUUUGGAAAGAUGCUUAUUAAUUAAAGAAGCCAGUCUACCUCCAAAAGAUCUUUCCAUAGCUACCAUACUUGAGUGUUUGUCACAAGUUCAAAGCUGGAAAAGUGAACAUGAACUCUCUCUCGUAUAUGAACAGAAUCGUUUGUUUAUGCGUCUCAACGUUUUACCACCAGAUCAUGAGAACAUCGGUGAUAGCUUAUCAACCGUAGGUAAAAUUUACGAAAGACUUCAUAAACCUACAUUGGCACUUGAUUAUUAUCAACAAGCAUUGACUAUCUACAAGAAAUGUCUGCCUUAUUGGCAUAGUAAUGUAUGGAAAAUGAAAGGAAAUAUUGAACGACUUUCAGAAGAACUUGAAAUAGAACUCGAUUUACAACAUUGA